CAGGUACAGUUGGGACUAGACUUGAGAACCUGUUAGAGCUUUUUUUUUCUUAUUCCUCCUGGAAGUAAUUUGUGUGACCGACAGGAUAAACAUGGAUAAUAAAUACAUGUCCAAACUGUCACCAACUGUUGAUUUUUGUGCAGGGAUGUACUUGGUGAUCAUCGCUAUUCUGUCUAUCUGUGGGAAUGCUGCAGUCUUGGUCAGCGCCGGUCGUCGUCUUGCCCCACUCAAAGCUCCCGAGCUGCUGACGGUGAACUUGGCCAUAACAGACAUCGGCAUGGCCCUCAGCAUGUAUCCUCUGUCCAUUGCUUCAGCCUUUAACCAUGCCUGGAUUGGAGGCGACACAUCAUGCCUCUACUAUGGCCUGAUGGGUAUGAUCUUCAGUGUAACCAGCAUCAUGACACUGGCUGUGUUGGGGAUGGUCAGAUACCUGGUAACAGGAAGUCCACCAAUGACAGGUGUCAAGUUCCAGAGGAGAACCAUCAGUAUUGUGAUCAGUGCCAUCUGGCUGUAUGCUAGCCUGUGGGCGUUGUUUCCUCUGCUGGGCUGGGGCAGCUACGGCCCAGAGCCCUAUGGACUCGCCUGUUCGAUAGACUGGACUGGCUACGGGGAGUCCCUGAACCACUCCACCUUCAUCAUGACUCUGUCUAUACUCUGCACAUUCCUCCCCAGUCUGGUAAUCCUCUUUGCCUAUUUUGGUAUCGCCUGGAAGCUGCACAGGGCCUACCAAUCCAUCCAGAGCAAUGAUUUUCAAUAUGGCAAUGUUGAGAAGAGAAUCACCCUUAUGGCCGUGAUGAUCAGUUCAGGUUUCCUUGUAGCCUGGACCCCCUACGUGGUUGUCAGCUUCUGGAGCAUGUUUCACUCCCAGGAGCAGGCCCACAUGACUCCAUUCCUCACCCUGUUACCAUGCCUCUUCGCUAAGAGCUCCACCGCAUACAAUCCUUUCAUAUACUUUAUCUUCCAACGUACCUCUCGGCAUGGGCUCCUCCGCCUCCAGAGACUGAUGUUUUGUUGCUAUCAUCGAGCAAAUUUACCUGCUGAAGGAGGGAAGCUGGAAGGCAAACUGGUCAAAGAUUCUGAUUGCACCAUUUUUGAAAAGGGGACUGAUGAAACCUGUGUUGGAGUUGAUGGCAGAGAGUCUUAUAUUCAGAUGAUGCCUUUGGGUUAA